CACAGAGAGCCACACCCUGCAGACAACUAGUCGGAUGAUUACCGUGUAAAAGCGUUUGCUUACCAGUCAACCACUUCUUCAACCAGCAGAGACAAAAUGCAGGUUUUCGCAGUAGAAUCCUGUGGCCAUUCUGAACGAGCUCUCUCUCUCUCUCUCUCUCUUCUUCCCCAAAGAAAGAGAAAGCAAGAAGAAAUUAAUCCAGUGCCAUAUAUGUGUAAUAUCACAAUUUUUGAAACCCACAUGCUUUCUCGCAUCUGCUUAUCUUUCCCAGUCUUUAUUCUCUGUCUAUGUCUUUGUCCUUGUCCUCGGUUAUGCUUAGCAAGGGAUACCAUAUUGUUCAAUGCUCCACUCAAGGACCAAGAGACUCUUGUUUCUGCUGGAAAAAGAUUUAAGCUCGGAUUUUUUUCCCCUAAUGGAGGUGAUAAUAGCAGUAGAUACCUGGGGAUCUGGUUUUGGGGCUCAAAGCCGAGUAUUGUAGUUUGGGUUGCUAACCGUGAAGUUCCAAUUCGGGAUUCAACUGGAGUUUUUUCCAUUGCAGAAGAUGGAAACAUCAACGUAUUGGAUGCAUAUAAUAAAUCUUACUGGUCCACUGAAAUUGGAUCAUCAGCGUCGUUUGUUUUCAACCGGACGUUGAAGCUCCUGGAUUCUGGGAACCUAGUCCUAAUUCAAGAAGGUGAUAACGGAAAAAUACUCUGGCAGAGCUUCGAGCAUCCAACUGAUACAUUUCUUCCUGGCAUGAGGAUGGAUAGGAAGUUGAAAUUGGUUUCUUGGAAAAGUCAAGUAGACCCUGCACCGGGGGACUUCACGUUUCAGCUAGAUCAAGAGAGACAAAAUCAGUACAUAAUCUGGAAUAGAUCUGUACCAUAUUGGAAAAGUGAAGUUUCAGAAAUGCUUGCCCGCACUGAUCAGAGGCUCCAGAUUAUUUCCUACUUGCUUACAAAUUUCAGCACGAGUAGCUUGUUAAGCAGUGAUACAUCUCCUUCACAAAAAACUCUGGCUUUCAAUGUGACCAACCGGGAUUACAAUAAUACAAGACUGGUAAUGAAUUUAAAUGGGACGAUACAAUUUUUUUGGCCAGGUAAUGAGACGGCCUCUUUGAAGUGGUGGGAACCAAGAGAUCAGUGCAGUGUAUUUAACGCCUGUGGGAAGUUUAGUAGCUGCAACAGUGCGAACAGCUUGCCCUGUAAAUGCUUGCCGGGAUUUAAGCCCAACAAACCGGAAAAUUGGUAUGCAGGGGACUUUUCAUAUGGGUGUAAAAGAAUAUCGCCAAUAUGCAGCAAGUAUGCCAAGGAGAUUGGCGACUUCCAUAAUCUGAAGAAGAUGAAAGUGGGAAACCCAGACGGGGUAUAUGAGAAUUUGAAUGAAACUGCAUGCAAGGACAAGUGCCUCAGCAAUUGCACAUGCCAGGCAUAUUCUUAUCUUAAAGCUGAAAGGAGUGAUGCCAGUAACGCUAUAUGUUGGAUUUGGAUACAAGACCUUAACAAUAUUCAGGAGAAUUAUGAAGGGGGUCGAGACCUCAAUUACCGCGUCCUGCUUUCUGAUAUAGAUCAUAUGAAAAGAAGUUGUAAAACUUGUGGCAUCCACAUCAUCCCUUACCCACUCAGCACUGGACGAAAUUGUGGUGAUCCACUGUACAGCCAUUUCUGGUGUGAAAAUGAGACUGGUCAAUUGAGCUUUUUAACAAAUAACUUUAUCAGCUAUCCAGUAACUGGCAUCAACAGAGAAUCGCGUACAUUUUCCAUCCAAAUUGAAGAAGCAGAUUGUACAUCUGUUGGUUCAAAUCUGCAGCUUCCCCGGCAAUUUGACAUAGCUAGUGAAUGCAAUGCUUAUCAAAGUAACUAUAGUUUAGAUCUAUUUAAACGCAAAGGGUUAAAAAAAGAAUUAGAAAUAAAAUGGAAGCCUCCAUUAGCACCAGUUUGUGAUAAACCUGAUGACUGCAUUGACUGGCCAAAUUCAACUUGUUCUGGCCAGAAUGAGGCGAAGUUAUGCACUUGCGAAGAAUCCUUUCAAUGGGAUUCGAACGAAGUAAAUUGUACUUCAGAUCCAUCUCAAGGAUCUAACAAACAGAGACCAGAAUCAAAAAACAAAAGCAAGAAACGGAUACCAUUUUAUCAAGUCUUGUUGGGAGUUAUUGCAACUGUUACAAUAAUCUCAUAUGCAGCAUUCUAUUUGUAUUACAUGAGAAGACGAAGAAGACGGGUCACUGUACAAGAUAACAGAGAAAGAGCCCUGGAAACUGUAGCAAUUUGUUUGUAUGACAAUCAAAGACAAGUCAAAGACUUCAUAGAUUCGAGUCGAUUUAGGGAAGAUGACAAGAAAGGCCUGGAUGUACCAUUUGUUGAUUUGGAAAGCAUAUUAGCUGCUACAGAUAACUUCUCAGAUGCAAACAAGCUAGGAAAAGGUGGUUUUGGGCCUGUUUACAAGGGAAAGUUUCAAGGAGGACAAGAAAUUGCUAUAAAGCGACUAUCCAGUGGUUCAGGACAAGGUUUGGAGGAAUUCAAGAAUGAAGUUAUAUUGAUUGCCAAGCUUCAACAUCGGAAUCUUGUUAGACUUCUGGGCUAUUGUGUUGAAGGACAUGAAAGGAUGUUACUUUAUGAAUACAUGCCUAACAAGAGCCUAGAUUCCUUCAUAUUUGACGAAACGAAAUGUGCACUGUUAAAUUGGGAGCUGCGCUUUACCAUUAUCAUGGGAAUUGCUCGAGGACUACUUUAUCUUCACCAUGAUUCCAGAUUGAGGAUCAUACACAGAGAUCUGAAGACAAGUAAUGUCCUUUUAGAUGAGGAGAUGAACCCCAAAAUUUCUGAUUUUGGCUUGGCAAGGAUCUUUGGAGGCAAACAAACAGAGGGAAGCACGGAGAGAGUUGUUGGGACUUAUGGGUACAUGUCUCCAGAGUAUGCAUUGGAUGGGUUUUUCUCAAUCAAGUCUGAUGUCUUUAGCUUUGGGGUAGUUAUGCUUGAAAUUAUUAGCGGAAAAAGGAACACUGCAUUUUACAAGUCUGAUCAAGCAUUCAACCUUCUUGGCCAUGCAUGGAGGCUAUGGAAAGAAGAGAAGGCAUUGGAUCUGAUGGAUCAAGCAUUAUGUGAAAGUUGCAAUGCAAAUGAAUUUAUGAGAUGUGUUAGUGUUGGGCUGUUAUGUGUACAAGAAGAUCCAAAUGAUCGUCCCAACAUGUCAAAUGUUCUGUUCAUGCUUGGAAGUGAAAGUGCAACUCUUCCAAGUCCAAAGCAACCGGCCUUCAUAGCAAGGAGAUCACUUUCUAAUGAAGCUGCUUCUUCCUCUUCUUCUUCUAAUAAAGUAGUGGAGGCAAAUAGUGAAUUGACAACUAGCUUAAAAGAUGGCCGAUAAUAGUAUUGUGUGGAUGCUAAUUUCUAUUAUUUUUCUUUGUAUUUUUUUAUACAAUGAAGUAAAUUUUUUCAGUUAUUUGUUUGGAUAGUAAGAAAGUAGAGGAAAUAGGAGAGAAAAAAUAGAAGAAAGGAAGAAGCAGAAGGUAGAACACUGAGAUUCAAGGAAGGAGAUUGUUACUUAAGAUUCAUCAACUGCACGCACACAACAAAGUUUAUUCUCUUCAAA